AUGUUCCAUUUUAAAUCCACAACAGUUACACCACCAACUUCGACUACCCCCAAGAAUUGUAAUAUUUACUACAGGAAUUAUGAAUGGGCUCUCCAGGAUUGCGUCUGCCGAUGUUUCCAAAAUGGAUGUCUUAUGAAAAUAGAAAACGAUCAGCGAAUAAAAGAUGGCAAAACUCCACUUGUACCCGUUUCGGAGGAUCUUUGUCGAAGCUUUAUCAACAAAAAGUGUAGCGUGGGAUUCCCCGUGGUCGCUGAAUUCCCCAUACCAGCUCCUUGCGGCUGCAAUCGAUUACCAGGAUCAAUCGCCACAGAGCGAUUCUACAGCCUGUGCCACCUGCUUAAAUACUCAUCUGAGAACACAAAACCAUUCCUUACUUAUUCUUAUUGUUGGCCCAUCUAA